GAUUCUCUCUCGACACACGACCCAAUCUUCCUCACGAUCGCCUGCUACGGUCCCUCAGAAAGCUUUUGUGCACGCGCAACUCAUCGACUAUUUUUUUGUCAAGUUGGUUUCGCGAUUUUUCUACGAGUUUUCAUUCGUGACAGAGAGCCAGAAGAAGCCUGCAGAGACUUCAAUAAUCAAACACUACUUUUUCUUCAAGGAUUUUAACAUAAGAAAUCAUGAAGCUCCUCUUAGCAGCUGUAAUCUGCGCUUUGGCAGUCAAAACUGUUAUGGUUAUGCCAGUAGCUGAACCUGGUUCUGAUCCACUCCCAGUGGUGCCAUUGGAAAAAGGUGCUCCAGUCCAACAUAUUUUGAGAAGACAAGCCGCAGAAUCAGAAACUCCCGUUCAUCCAGACCACAAAGAAGGUGAAUCACCCGAAGCUCAUCUAGCUCAUGCGAGACUUGAUGACAAAGCAGAAAAACAAGAAGAAGCUGUAAAGGCUGAAGAAAAAGCACCAGAGAAGCUUGCAGAAGAAAAAGCUGAACUUGCUGAGACAAAAGAUCAAGAACAACUAAAGAGAUUGGUUACAGAGCCAGCUGAAUCUGUCAAAAUUGAAGAAAACGUCGCUCCAGCUCCAGCUCCAACUGAAGCUAAGCCCGAAGAAGCUGUACCAGCCGUAAAGAGUGUAAUACCUCAAGAAAGUGUUGAAGAAAAAGUUGAAGAGAAACCAGCCGAGGUAAGCCCAAAAGCAGCGGAACCUGAACCAAUUGCCAAAUCAACACCAGUAGCUGAAUCAGCUCAACUAGCUUCAGCUGAUAGUGCUGCACCUGAGCCUGCCAAAGAAGAGAAACAAGAGGUUGCUGCAGCAGUACAAGCAGAAGAAAAGAAAGAAGAAAAAGAAGCAAAACCUGAAGAUAAAACUGAUCGAGUAACUCGUGGAACUGAAGAUGCAUCAUCAGCAGCUCCAGCUACUUCUGUUCCAGUUCCUGAAGUAGCCGCUAGUUCUGCCGAACCUCAAAAACAAGACGAAGCUAAAAUUGAAAAGCAAGCAGAAGAACCAGAAAAAAAAGUUGAGGCUUCAGAAGUAGCUAAAGAAGAAGAAAAACCACAAGAAAUCAAAGCCGAACCAAGUGUUCAUGCUUCAGAGGCUGUGCCAGCUUUGAAAGCUGAAGAAAACAAAGAACAAACAGUUGCUGAUGAAUCAAUUGCUCAAGCCAAAAGUGCUCCUAUUGCAGAAGAAAAACCAAAAGCUGAACCUGUCGCUCAAUCACCUGAAGUUAAACCCGAACCAGUAGCUGAAUCGAUACGAGCUAAAUCUGAAUCAUCAGAAAGCAAAGAAUCUGUUGAAGCUGCAAAGACUGAAGAAUCGAGCUCUGAAGAAAAAUCAUCUGAAGAAAAUAAAUCCGCUGAAAAAGAAGAAAAAGUUGCAGAAGGUAAAUCUGUAGAAGCCAAGAAAGCUGAGCCCAAGCCCGAAGAAUUGCCAAAACCUCAGGAACUUGAUGGAAAGAAAGAAAAAGAAGAAUAAAUAGUACAAUUCUCAAGUACGACAAGAUCAGACGUCUUCUGGUCCCCAUUCAUCGACCCAUCUCUUAUCCAUGUCUUCAUACAUCAGCGAAAGUGAAGUAGAAUGGCCGAGUAGAGUGUUUGCGUGAUGCUGAAUGAAUGCAACGACGACUGAAUGAUGAAAAAAUUUUAAUAAAAAAUUACUCGAAAUAUUCUACAGAAAAUCCGCAGUUAGAACUACAGAGAGAGAGAGAGAGAGAGAUGGUGAGAAGAAAGACCAAAUGAGUAUAAUACUAAGGGUCAUCACGUUCCCUGGCGCGCUGCGACCUCGAAGAAACAUGAUAUAACAUUCCUAUUUUUAUUAUUUUAAUCUCAAUUUCGAGCUCGAACCACUCGGGAGGCCGUGAUUUCAUCGUGUUUCGUCGCUAUGAACAAUUUUUAUUGUUUAUUGUGAUGAUACUAUUUCAUCAAUCUUUCAAUCACAAUCUUUUUUACUCGCCAAUAAAUAUUCUCUCCAUACGAUAAA